AUGAGCACUCGCAAGAAGAAGACUGCGCAGACCCACAGGAAAGUUUGCUGCUGUGAAGCAUUCCAGUGCAAUGUCGGGAGCUAUGUUGAUGCUUCUGGCAAUAACCAACCGGGAGUCGAGCUGACUCGCGAAGCAUACGAAGCUCAUCGGCGUGUCGAGAUUCGUAAUCGCGCGCGUGCUACCUUAUCUCCUUCGACUUCUUCCUCAAGGACACCACCACAGACACCACCACGUUUGAAUCGGGAUGUUUCGACAAGUCAAACAGAUAUAACUUCUCCUUUAGCUCGUAUGACCUUGAAUCAGUCAGAAGAAGAAAACCUCCGGACCCGUCCUCCUCAUUCUCAUCCCUUGGGACCAGCACAGCGUGAGGUUGUAUCGUGUCUUUUGCACCAUUCUGAUGAAGAUGAUGUAGAGGCUGGUGAUUUGGAAGGAGAUUCCGGCAGUGGCAACAUCCUCGAAUGA